AUGAAGUCCUUCAGAAACCCUAUUGUCCCAGGAUUCCACCCCGACCCUUCAUGCAUACUCGUUGAUGGAACCUACUAUCUUGUAACAUCAUCCUUCCUUUACACCCCCAGUGUCCCUAUUUAUACAAGCCAAGAUCUCAUCCACUGGACCCAGAUUGGAAACGUUAUUACUCGGCCUUCUCAGCUAUCUCUCUCUAAGUGCACCAUUAGGCAGGGAAAUAAGAACUGUGGAGGAGUAUGGGCGCCAACGAUCCGAUACCACAAGGGCGUCUUUUAUGUGGUCGCGACCUGCGUCUUUCCUGACAAGGAGUUUGCAGAUCACAGCCGUUGGGAAAACCACGUGUGGUCCACCAAAGAUCCGCACUCCCGCGAUGCUUGGUCGGAUGGCAUCAGGUUCGACUUCCCGGGAUAUGACACCAGUUUGUUCUGGGACGAGAAUAAUGAUGAUAGAGUAUACAUUCAAGGGGCGCUUUAUUGGCGGGUGAAAGAGGGCAUCGCGCAGUUCGAGAUUGAUCUUGAAACUGGUGCCUCUCUGAGCGGAGAGCCCAAACCGAUAUGGUCGGGUACAGGUCGACCCAUACCCGAGGCGCCUCAUAUGUACCGCAAGGACGAAUGGUACUACCUCUUGGUUGCAGAGGGUGGUACCGAACUCGAUCACUGCGCAACUAUCGCACGCUCUAGGUCCGUAUGGGGUCCAUUUGAAGAAUGUCCGAACAAUCCGAUUAUACAUGCUGCCAGCAAAGAUGCCUACUUCCAAACUAUAGGGCAUGCGGACAUUUUUCAAAGUCCAGAUGGCCAAUGGUUUGCUGUUGCACUGGCCACCCGUGAUGGACGUAUCAAUUUCCCAAUGGGACGCGAAACAGUCCUCAUUCCCGGCCAAUGGGAACCUGGAUCCUGGCCAGUUUUCAACGCUCGUGUUGAGAGCGUGAUGAAAACGUCGGCCAACUCACUUCGGCCGGUUCCUUCGACGAAUGAAAACAUUCUGGGUAACUUUUCACGCACCGAGGUUGACGUCAUUUGGCCACACAAUCUCCUUCGAUUGCGCAACCCCGAUGAGGACGCAUACCAAUAUGUUGACGGCUCCCUACACUUGUGGCCCUCUGCAAAAGGCGAUACCUUGGACGGGCAUUUGGCACGCCAACCUUUGUCGCACGGCGCCAGACUGCUAUUGACGAAGGACCCCUCGGUCAUUGCUGGACUCUCGGUCUACCUGGACUUUGAGUCUCAUAUCGAUCUCGUUUUGACUCGUUCGGGUACAGGUCCUGGUUUCGAAGCGCAUAUACGUCAGAGAACGCUGGGAACCGGUUCUUCAGAUACUGCAUCAGUCCCCGUAGACAGUGGCGCUCUGCGCGCCGUCGCCCACGAAGACCGAUACGAGUUCUUUGGGUGGCGUGAUGGGGCCUGGGUUUCUAUUGGAACUGGGCUUGCCAAGGAUGUAAGUGGCGGGUUCACGGGUGUAUUGAUUGGUCCAUAUGCCGAAGGUCCGGCAAGCGGCAACGAUGAUCAUGCCAAGACCACUGUGAAGAAAUGGGUCUACUUUGAAGCUGCAUAG